GGUAUCAAUAUUGAAGAUGGAGGUACCUGGGAUGGUUUUGAAACUCCUCAUCACAUUAAUUGUGAUCACAAGUUCACCGACCCUUGCAAAUUAUUACAAUAAAUAUAAAGAUCCAACUGGAAACUUUUCAACAGUGUUAUUUGAUGUGGAUGGUAAUAAUAUAUUAAUAGGUGGUUUGAACAAAGUGUAUAAACUUAAUAGUGAUUUAGAGUUGUUAGUACAAGGAUCCAUAGGACCAAAGAUGGACCAUCCUGAUUGCCAGGCCCCACCACCAGCUGAUUGUGCCCAAGAAAGAACCAUAAGGAAUAAUUCAAACAAACUUCUCCAACUAUAUGGUGAUAAAAUAAUUUCAUGUGGAACUGUUUAUCAAGGCAGUUGCGAGUUUUUGUAUCGCUCAAAUUUGACAUCGAUUGCGCAGGAACUCGUGCCCGUAAUAAACACUGAAGGCAAAAGUGUAUCAAUUGUUUCUUUAGAUGCUGAACCAAAGUUGUUUAUUGGAACAUCACCGGUAAGUGAGCCUGACUUACCAGCAUAUGCCAUUCGCUCUCCUUUGAAUUUUGAGGUACACAAAGAACAAUCCGUAACAAAGGCUCAGAAGAAGGCAACUGAUAAUGCAAUAAGAGAUGGAUUUGUAAUUGAUUUUAUCCAUGCUUUUGUAAGCAACAAAAUCAACUACUUUGUCAUGGUGUAUGAUGAGAAAUAUGGUGAAACUACGCACAAAUAUCAAACAUACAUUGCGCACCACUGUCAAUCUGACCCAUCUUAUCUUUCGUAUAUUGAGCUACCAUUAGUGUGCCGCCACAAUGGACAGAGUUACACACUAGCCCAGUCAGCUUAUCUUGCUAAAAGAGUUCCAUCACAACCAAAUUCAUCUGAGCUUGUACUCGUCGUAACAUUCGGAAUGUCUGAGAAUGCGGCAAGCUUAAUACCAGAAAGAAAAUCGGCAGUUUGUAUGUACUCUCUGACGGACACAAUUGAGUAUUCAUUUCUAGAGGCAUAUAAAGCUUGUGCUCGAGGGAAUACCACGUUUAAAACAAUCAAGUGGGCAGGUCAUAAUCAAAACACGUGCACUAACAAUCCACAUUGGGUAAGUUUUUUUUUAAAGAUUUUUAUAGUCAAGAAUAGUCAGGUACAGUAGAACCUUUAUUACAUAUUAUUAUUUUUUUAUUAUUAAGGGGACACCUUUCAUACCUACCAAGUCUCCCGCAUUUGGCGGGAGACUCCCGCUUUUCGCCCUAACCUCCAGCUCUCCCGCCACUAGCCUAAAAUCUCCAGCUUUUCUAAUAAUCUCAAGAUUUUUUAU